GGGCUUAUUUGCCAAUUAAGUAAAAAAAGCAAAAAAAAUUAAGAUUGGUAGAGAGAGAUAGGAAAAUAAAUUAGUAUUUGAUUCUUUGGGAAGUAACCAUUAUCAUCUAGCAACUGACCAUGAAGUCAACAGUUUCAUCGUCACUCCUCAAUUUGAAGUAUCUGUUAAACCCAAAUCUUCGUCGUCGCUUAAUCUCCCUCACAUCUGUUUCCAUCCCUAAAUUGUCACUGAGUUCGAUCACCAAUCACACCACACUUAAUAACCUCUUCCCAUCUUCGGCAACCUCAGGUCUAAGAACCAUCUGCUCUUCCACGGCAUCCUCUUUCAAACCCGAACAAGCUAGAGUUCCAUCCGCUCUUCCCCUCCCAGCUCCUCCGUUGACCAAAUUCAACAUGGGAUUGUGUCAGUUAUCUGUCACAACUGACAAAAAGAGGAACAUCUCUCACGCGAAGAGCGCCAUCGAAGAAGCUGCUUCCAAGGGAGCUAAGCUUGUUCUCUUAUCCGAAAUGUGGAACACUCCUUAUACCAAAGGUAGUUUCCGAGCUUUUGCGGAAGACAUUGAUGCAGGUGGUGACGCUUCUCCUUCCACCGCAAUGCUUUCUGAAGUUUCCAAACGUCUCCAGGUUACGAUCAUUGGUGGCUCUAUGCCUGAAAAAUCCGGGGGGCGUUUGUACAACACUUGCUGUGUCUUUGGUUCCCAUGGAGAGCUAAAAGCUAAGCAUCGAAAGAUACAUUUGUUUGACAUAGACAUUCCCGGGAAGAUUACUUACAAGGAAUCUAGAACUUUUACUGCUGGAGAGACACCAACAGUCGUUGACACAGAUGUGGGACGUAUUGGAAUAGGCAUCUGCUAUGAUAUCCGGUUCCAGGAGUUAGCUAUGAUGUAUGCUGCAAGAGGGGCUCAUUUGCUAUGCUACACAGGAGCCUUUAAUAUGACAACUGGACCGCUCCAUUGGGAAUUACUUCAAAGGGCAAGGGCUACGGAUAAUCAGUUAUAUGUAGCGACAUGUUCAUCUGCCAGAGAUUACGGAUCUUGCUACGUUGCUUGGGGCCACUCUUCACUCGUCGGGCCUUUUGGAGAAAUUAUAGCGAAGACUGAGCCUGAGGAAGCAAUUAUCAUAGCAGAGAUUGAUUACUCUCUCCUUGAACAACGAAGGUCAAGUCUUCCGUUAAAUAAACAGCGGCGGGGAGAUCUCUACCAGCUUGUAGACAUACAGCGUCUGAACAAAUAAAUGAAUGCCAGCAGAAGUUGUACAUGUUGAGAUUAGAAGUUUGGUUGCUUACAACUUAUUGGCGGUUCAUUUAUCUACAACUUUACCGAGAUGUGAUAAAUAUAUAAAACACGUGAUUAUGGCCUUUAAAUUCAUUCAUACACUUUAUUCUCAAACAGGAUCAAAGUGAACAAAGAAAAGAAGAACUUUGUCAGGCUCUGCA